CCUAGCCAAAAUGAGUGAAAAAAAUAUUGAAGCAUCUGGAAUAAAAUCAAUUCCAGUUGUGGUUCAAUCUGAAGGCGUUUUUAAUGCUGGAAUCGUUCUUGAUGAAUCAAACUAUGAUGUUUGGUCACAAUUGAUGGAGAUGCAUAUUGCUGAAAGAGAAAAACUCUCUUAUAUUAGGGGCAAAAUGAAGAAACUUUCUGAAACUGAUGAUGGGUAUGAGAAAUGGUAUGCUGAAAAUCAGAAAGUGAAGAGAUGGUUAUUGAUGUCCAUGAAACCUGAAAUCAUGAAGAGGUAUUUACGUAUACCUACUGCCCAUGAAAUAUGGAGUGCCUUGUCGAAGGCAUUCUACGAUGGAAGUGAUGAAUUGCAGGUCUUUGCAUUGAAUCAAAGGGCUUUUGCUGCUAGACAAAAUGGAAGGCCUUUAUCUGAAUACUAUGGAGAACUAGUUGAGAUAUUUCGAGAAUUGGAUCAUCGGGAUACAGUGAUCAUGAAAGAUCCUGAUGAUUCAAUUGCAUAUAAAAAAUCCACUGAUCGAUUGAGGGUCCAUAUAUUUUUGGCUGGGUUGGAUGGCACUUUCGAGCAAGUUCGUGGGGAAAUUCUGCGUAGGGAUCCGAUUCCAGGAUUGGAAGAAUGUCAUGGCUUGAUUCGGCGAGAAGCUGUGCGACACGCUACUCUAAAGGGGGAAACUAAAGACUUUGAAUCUGCUGCAAUGAUGACUCGAAAUCGACAAAGACCAAGUAAAGGUACAGACAAAUCUGCUUACAAGUGUACCCACUGUGAUCAAACUGGACAUUCCAAAGAUCGCUGUUAUGAACUUGUGGGAUAUCCAGAGUGGUGGGAUCACAGUCGAGCACCUAAAAAGCGGGGCUCUAAGAAUGCUUUCGCUGCUGCUGCUGCUGAAACAAAUGCAAAUGAUGACAAUGGAAAAAUGGGCUUAUCAUUGGUGACAACAACAAAUAUUGAUGGACAUCCGAACAAAGCAGACGAUUGGUUAUGGUAUUAAGCGGGGGAAGCUGUAUUACUUGGACUUGACUUCAAAAGGCUGCAAUUUGUUGUGUCAAGCUUUGAAAGUGGAAAGCUCUAAGCAAAAUAAGAAUAAGACUGAAGUUUGGCUAUGGCAUCGA